AAUAAAAAAACAGUAUACUAAUAAUAUCAAACAACAUUUCCUAUUUUAAAUAAAAAAAGGAAAAUAAAAUCUUAAAAUUAAAAGUAGUUUGUUUAAAUUUUGGUAGUAAUCAUUUGUCCACUUUUUCAAAAGUAAAUUUCAAAUAAAUAUGUAGAAGAAAUCAUUAAGAAAUUAACACAGUAAAAAAAAAAUAUAUUUUAAUUAAAAAAAAAAACAUGCGUACAGUUCACAUGUGGUAAAAGUGAAACCUUUAUAUGAAAUAUAAAAUAAAAAUAUUUCACGGCAAAUCAUUUAUUUAAUAUGAUCAUUUUCAACCACAAGUGCGGCAUUAAAAUAUAUGAUAAAAGUUUAAUUUACAAUCCUAUUAGACUUAAUUUUAGUGUAAUAAAUCAAAAGUAUAUUUUCUUUGGAGUAAAGUUGUUUUGUAAUAGCGCCAUCUACUUCUUUGUAUAGGUAAACUCAUUUAUCGAACAAAAAUUUAUUGUCUCUUAAGGUGGUACGUAAAAUAGACGCUAGAUGAUGGCUUGAAGUUAUGAAAUCGUGGAUUGGUAUAUUAAGAAAAUUUUAUUCAAUAUGGUAAAUUUUAUUUGUUUAAUGAAUUUGUUAAAUAAAAUAAAUAAAUAAUUUAAUGUUAUUUUCUAAAAAACAAACAAAAAAGACAGUAAUCGAAUGAUGGAUUCGAUCCCACAAUCUUUUGCAGGCGGUUUGUCUCUUUUAGUGUCGCUUUUUCGUUUCAACGAGUUUCAAAUUACAACAAUUUUUAAGAAGUUUUUAUUUCAAUAAAACACAUUUUAUAAUCUGUUAGCGUCUGACAAAUCAACACGAAUUUUAGCUACGGAGUUUAUGUUUAAUUGCUAUAAAUGGUAAUCAUAGAAAAGUCAGGAUUAUGGUGGGAACUUAACUUCCGACGGCUUGCUGCUCUUGUAUUAUCGUUUAAAAGUCUAUCUUAUCUGGUUUGAAGUGGAUUUUGAUACGAUAUGAUAUGAUUGUGCGUUUUUUUUUUGUAUUUAAUGCCUGCGCUCGUGAACUAUUAGUAUCACGUAUUAAGUGCAAUAGUGACAUAAACUUUACAAUGUUAAACAUCAGCACAUUUUGAAGAAUUUUGGCAAAAUACCUACACUUCAGGCUAGGCUCUAUGGGCAUAAACACUUGCCCUACAUAAAAUAUCAACAUGAAAAAAAAAACAUGUAAUCGACGUCCUGUAGACUGUAGUGCCUUUUUAGUUAUUUUGGUCGAUUAUGUAUAUUUUGAUAUUAUAAUUGAAACUUUUUCGCAUUAUAUAAUUAAGGAGAAUGAAGCAAACUUUUUCGAUUUUGAUCGUCCGUGGGAAUAAAGACAGAUUAAACGCUUUAAAGAGUUUUCUACUAAUUUGUUCAAAGAAUGUUUUAAAUGUUGUAUAUAAGCUUUGCCUUCCGUAGUAUACUUUUUUGUCAGAGAAUCCUAUUUUUAUUAUAUUAUAAUUAUGUAUUUUCUUUAUGUGAUUAUCAAGAACAAUAAAGAUAUUUUUUAAAUAAAAAAGAGUUUUAAAAAUGAGUUUAUUUAAAUUAUAUGCAAUUAGACCAUCCUAAUCGAACAAUAUACACGACUCUUAAUUUCGAAAGAUGAGUCCACAGAUUAUAGAAUACUUUUGCGUUUUACUUUUUCUGGUAACUUUUAUUUUAUAAUAUUCUCCUUAUCCGUUUCGUCAUUAUAUUUUUAAAAUUUGGAAAAUACAAAAGUGCACACCUCGAACGCUCAUGUAAUGUUUUGAAUGAUCAAUUUACUUUUAUUAAUUACCGAGACACGUAUUACGUUUAAAGCUACAGAAAAAAAAUCUAUUUAAUUAAUACGAAAUUUUUUUGACUGCUUGAAACCGGUGAUUCGUAUUUUGGUACCCAAAGAAAUUGUCAAAUAAUUAAUCAUCAUCAUCAUUGCAGCCCUUCACAAGUCCACUUUUGAACAUAGGCCUCCCCCAAGGAAUGCCACAAAGCACAGUCUGGAGUGUUGUUGUUUUUGUCUUGUCACAAAUUGAGGCAGAAGAUGGGCAGCAGCAUCUUUCUGAUAACAGCAAAACAACAAUAAAACAAAUAAAAGCAAAGCAACAAUAUAUAAACCUGGUGUUGAGUGUAUCGCGAUUUUUUGAUUUGGUGCCAAUAGACCAGUACAUCUCCGCUUCGCGUUCGAUGUGUGCAAUAUAUUUCCAAAUGUUUUCUUCUGUAUUUGACUACUCUGUGGUCCAUGAAACGUCUUACGUGCAUUUUUAUAAAAUUGAAAAGUUACUUUUCUUUAUAACUGUUAGCCUACGUUUUUCAAGAAAGUUUUUGUGUUUGCUUUUCAUUUCAUCAUACUUUAAUGUGGAGUGCGGUUCCUAACAUAUUAUGUAUGUUUAAACCUAUAUAUGUAUAUUAAACGAUGACCUAGUUGAACUAUAAUUUUUUUCCUGUUGCAGUUGUUGACUGAUAAAAAGCGUUUCUGCUGAGAUCUUAGAAAGGGUAAACUAUCUGUUUUUAGUUUAUUAAGUGUUCUCUAACCUGUGGACUUAUUUUUGAUAUCAAUUACAACGAAAAUCGGGAGACAUAGUUUUACGCGUCUGGUCCUCUCAAACCGGACAGGACACUGCAAGACUGGUAACUCUUAAACAUAUAUUGUAUUGUGAGUUCACUCUGCCAGGAUUAGGCGGUGUGGACGGCAUGAAGUCAUCGCCAGGAGGGGUUGGAGGUGGAGGACCGGGCACGCCAAGGGAGGACUCAGGAUCAGGAAUGGGAGAUUAUAACUUAAGUUUUGGAGGUCCCGGAGGUGACCAAAACGAUCAAACCGAGUCGGCCGCGAUUCUGAAAAUAAAGGAGAGCAUGCAGGAAGAGGCGAAACGAUUCGAAAAGGACCCAGACCACCCGGACUAUUUCAUGCAAUGAACUAAAUGCGACGGCCGCCAACUUGCCAAAUAAAUCAGAAUUAGAAAUAUCGGCGUUGAAUUCGUUUUGUUUUGACAUUUCUUAAUGUCAAAAUGUUUGACUUUAUUUAUUUAUUUUUGUAUUAAGAGAGAUCAUAUAAAAGAUAUAUAAAAAAACGAAACAAGUUAAUAAAAUAAUUUUGGCGGGAAAUGGAUGCGUCAAUAAUACCCUCAUUAUUUCGAGAUUUUUUUAUAACGUGUGCAAAAGUGAAAUUAAUUAAAAUAUUUAAUAUUUAUCUAAAUAUGAAUAUCGUACAUUUUAAAAGAACUCGGUAUUGUUUAUAGCCUGUUUAAAGACUGAAGUAUAGUUUAUGUACUUAAAAAUCUUUAAAUUGGCUUUCACUUGAAUCAUAACUAGAAAAUUUCCAAUCACUUCGAUGCAUUCAUAAAUGGAAUCGAUGCAUUCCACCUGGUCCUCAGGGGUGACAAUGCAUCUGCAUUUUGAUUCUUAAUUGAGGAUAAAUGUAGAUGUCUAUGGACCACAGUUAACCACUUACCAUCGGGUGGACCGUGUGCUCGUUUGUCACCCUUAUUCUAUAAAAAAAAAACAGGAGCAGUUAUAAGGACUGCCGACAGAAGUUAAAAUUCAAUGAUAUAUGCGUAUACGUGUACACAGGCCGCUAUACGUAGUAGACAAGCUUGUGACGUCACGAGCAUGUCGAGGUCAUCGGUGACGCGAACCCAUAAGUUUUUCCCCUAACAAAAAUCGCUCAACGCGGCUAAAGAAGUAUUCAUUUCAAAAAAAAAAACUAUAAUAAAUAAAAAGAAUAAAAGUAUGUAACAUAUUCAAAUAGAGUUUGAUUAAAUUAAGAUUUCGAUUGUCAUAAAAAAAUCAGGCGGGAAAUAUCGACAAAACGCACAGUUCACGUGGUAGCGAAGUGAAAAUAGUUGUAAGAAUUUAAUUAGAAAAGUUUCUAUGUAUUAUGAUUUAUAAUUUAGUUAUAUGAUAGAUGUUUUAUUUCGAAUAAAAUUUAAUGUAUCUAUAAUGC